CAGAGGUGUCCAAAAAACAGCUGGAUUUCACGACUCCACUAUGGUUAAGGAACAGUUCAAGGAAUCUGGAGUUACGAAAAAGAUAAGCCAUGUCAAUUUUGGAUUGUUCUCCCCAGAGCAAAUGCAUCAAUAUGCACACAUUCACUGUGUCAGCAAGAACCUGUAUAAUCAGGACCACGCCCGUACCCCUGUCCCAUAUGGGGUGUUGGAUUCACAUAUGGGAACAAGUAGUAAAGACCGAAACUGUGAAACCUGCGGCAAAGCUCUGGCUGAUUGUGUUGGUCACUAUGGAUACCUGGAUCUUGAACUUCCGAUCUUCCAUGUUGGUUUCUUCAGAUCAACCAUAGUCAUUCUUCAAACGAUAUGUAAAACAUGUUCCAGAGUAUUGUUGCCUCCACAAGAAAAGAAGCAUUUUCUGGACCAAUUAAGUCGACCAGCAGUGUCUUCCUUGAUGAAGAAGGGCCUGAAGAAAAAGAUUGUUGAAAAGUGUAAAAAGAUUUCUCACUGUCCGUACUGUGAAGCAUUGAAUGGUUUUGUAAGAAAGAGCGGAAUGAUGAAGAUUGUUCAUGAAAAGUACAAAUCAGCCAGGAAGUAUGUUGAUCCUGUCAUCUCUGAAUUCCAAGCAUCAUUUGGCUCAGCAAUCGAAUACAAUAAAGAACUGGAUACCUUACUCAACAGGGCUCAGGAAGUGUUAAAUCCUCUAAGAGUCAUAACAUUGUUUGAACAAAUUCCAGAUCAGGACUGUCCUUUAUUAAUGAUGAAACCUGAGCUAGGCAGACCAGAGAAUCUUAUUGUGACACGCCUACUUGUUCCGCCAGUUUGCAUCAGGCCAUCAGUCAUUAGUGAUCUCCAGAGUGGAAGUAACGAAGAUGACCUGACCAUGAAGCUGACAGAAAUCAUUUUCCUCAAUGAUGUUAUUAGCAAACACAGAGCGACUGGAGCUAAAAUACAAAUGAUCAUGGAAGACUGGGAUUUCCUUCAGCUUCAAUGUGCAUUGUAUAUUAACAGUGAAAUGUCAGGAAUUCCCCUAAGUAUGCAGGCUGUUGUGAGGCCUCAUCGGACAUUCCGCUUCAAUGAGUGUGUUUGCACCCCUUACAAUGCAGACUUUGAUGGCGAUGAAAUGAACCUCCACCUUCCACAAACAGAGGAAGCCAAGGCCGAAGCUCUUACACUCAUGGGUGUAAAAUCUAAUUUGGUGACACCAAGAAAUGGCGAACCUCUUAUUGCUGCUAUUCAAGACUUCAUCACAGGGGCUUAUCUUCUCACGCAGAAAGAUGUUUUCUUCGAUCGCAGUCAUAUCACCCAGCUGUUAGCUUAUAUCCUGGCUGGGAAGGAUGUAAAUAUCAGAAUUGAUCUGCCACCUCCUGUCAUUGUAAAGCCAGUGAAAUUAUGGACUGGAAAGCAAGUCUUCAAUGUCGUGCUACGACCAAACAAGGACAUGCCAAUCAAGAUGAAUUUACGAACAAAAGGCAAACAGUACACAAGUGGAGAAGAUCUUUGUGUGAAAGACUCUUAUGUGGUGAUUCAUAACAGUGAACUGAUGUGUGGAGCAUUGGACAAGGCAGUGCUGGGAUCUGGCUCCAAGAACAGUAUCUUCUAUGUUCUUCUCAGAGACUUUGGUGGUCAGGUAUGCCAUAAGGAGAAUUUACAUGUCGACCGCUUUUAUUUGCCAGGUAAUAGAGGAUUCUCCAUCGGUAUCGGUGACGUCACGCCGGGGCAAGGUCUUCUGAAAGCAAAGGACGAUCUUCUCAGUAACGGUUAUUCCAAGUGUGACAACUUCAUCCAGGAUUUCAAAGAAGGCAAGUUACAAACUCAGCCAGGUUGUAGCGCAGAUGAUACGCUUGAGGCUGUGAUUCUAAAGGAACUUUCUGUCAUCAGAGAUCACGCAGGAAAGGCAUGCCUGCGUGAACUACACAAGACAAACAGUCCCCUAACAAUGGCGGUCUGUGGUUCAAAAGGUUCGUUCAUCAACAUCUCACAGAUGAUCGCUUGUGUGGGACAGCAGGCCAUCUCUGGCAAGAGAAUUCCAAAUGGAUUUGAAGACAGAGCGCUGCCUCACUUCAAACGACACUCAAAAUUUCCCGCCGCGAAAGGAUUUGUAAAGAACAGCUUCUAUUCCGGGCUAACUCCAACGGAGUUCUUCUUUCACACCAUGGCUGGAAGAGAAGGACUUGUGGAUACUGCUGUCAAGACUGCAGAAACUGGAUACAUGCAAAGGAGAUUGGUUAAGGUAUUUGGGCCUUUAUUAGCUUGUGCUUAUUACAAAAAUAACUCAGUUUCAAGACAGGUUUGCUUGUCAAGGGGCGGUGGCCUCAUGUCUGGCAAGAGAAUUCCAAAUGGAUUUGAAGACAGAGCGCUGCCUCACUUCAAACGACACUCAAAAUUUCCCGCCGCGAAAGGAUUUGUAAAGAACAGCUUCUAUUCCGGGCUAACUCCAACGGAGUUCUUCUUUCACACCAUGGCUGGAAGAGAAGGACUUGUGGAUACUGCUGUCAAGACUGCAGAAACUGGAUACAUGCAAAGGAGAUUGGUUAAGUCGUUAGAGGAUCUGGCGACCCAAUACGAUCUGACAGUGAGGAAUUCAGUCGGUGACGUUGUACAGUUCAUGUACGGAGGAGACGGACUGGAUCCCACUGACAUGGAGGGAAAGGACAAACCGCUGGACUACAAUCGCGUGUUCAGCCACGUUCAGUGCUCAGUGCCGAUGAAAGAGGAAGACCCACUUACUCCGGAGGAGAUACUCAAGGACGCCUUACCAGCUAUUGACGGACCUGAAUUUGAAGACUGUGGAACUGAGUUUAAGAAGGAUUUAAGAGCAUUCGUGGAAGACAUUGCCAAAAAGGUAGAGACAAAGCAUCGACAGCUUGGUCUGGGAGCUCACUCCUCUCUCAGUGCGUCUGAAACGAAUAACCUUCCUAAGGUGUUGUCAUGGGUAGACCGUUGUACCAAGUCCCAACUGAAGCAGUUCCUGAGCCUUUGUAAGGAGAAGUACUCAAGAGCAAAGAUUGAGCCCAGUACAGCAGUGGGUGCCCUGUGUGCUCAGAGUAUUGGGGAGCCUGGAACACAGAUGACUCUGAAGACGUUUCACUUCGCUGGAGUCGCUUCAAUGAAUAUCACCCUUGGCGUUCCUCGUAUAAAGGAAAUCAUCAACGCAUCUCGGUCCAUUAGCACUCCAAUCAUCUCCGCGCAGCUUAUGAAUGACAAAAACGCUGACGAGGCACGAGGGGUCAAAGGCCGGGUUGAGAAAACCCUACUAGGAGAGGUUUCAGAGUAUAUCGAAGAAGUUUUCCUGCCUGACAGCUGUUUUAUUCUUGUCAAACUGGCGAUGGACAGGAUCAAAUUGCUUAAGCUCGAAGUUGACGUGGACUCCAUACGAUUUGCUAUCUGCAGUACAAGAAAACUUAAACUGAAACCCUCGCAAGUGACAGCCCUCAGCAAGUCCGAGCUCUGUAUUUAUCCAAGUGAGAGCAGUAAGUCCUCUCUACAUUACACAAUGCAGCAGCUCAAGACAGACUUGCCUGAUGUGCUCAUCAAGGGUCAUAAAAAUGUAAACCGCGCCAUAAUUCAUGUAGACGAGGCUCAAGGAGAUACCUACAAGCUGCUGGUGGAAGGCGAUGAUUUGCUGUCUGUAAUGUCCACUGUUGGCGUCAAAGGCACAGCAACCACGUCCAACAACACGGCUGAAGUGGAGAAAGUUCUUGGAAUCGAAGCUGCCAGGGCAACGAUAAUGAAUGAAAUCAACAUGACCAUGAAGAGUCACGGGAUGAGUAUCGAUGCACGUCACGUGAUGUUACUGGCAGACCUCAUGACGUUUAAGGGAGAGGUACUGGGUAUAACAAGGUUCGGCAUAGCAAAGAUGAAGGAGAGCGUACUUAUGCUUGCUUCUUUCGAGAAGACUUCAGAUCAUUUGUUUGAUGCCGCACUACACGGUCAGACCGACUCUAUUGAUGGUGUCAGUGAGUGUAUUAUUAUGGGAAUUCCCAUGAGUAUUGGAACUGGAAUGUUCAAGCUUCUUCACAAGCCAGACAGGACCGGGCCUCCAAGCCGCAGGAAUUUGAUUUUCGACAACCCUGAAUUCCACUUACCGGAACCAACCGCGUCAGUUAAACGGUAGCCGUUUUGAAAUGUACGUGCUGUUUGAAAUGUUGAAAAGAUAGUUGCAAUGUUAUGAAAACGAACUCUCAAAGUACAUAAGGGUGUUUCAUAUUAAAACUGUCUUUACAAUCAUGACAUUAACCGAAGAAAUAAGCCCGCAAUUAAUGCGGCGAAUUACCUUGGGCUCUGAGAGCCUGAACACGAGUUCAGCUGUACUUCAAGCUUAUGAGGGUCCGCUUGAAGAAGGACAAAGCGCUGGUUAUUACAGAUGUUGUGCUGUGAUCGAUAUGAGUUCAGUAUAUGAAAGUUGUAAUCCCGAAGUCGAAGCAAACAGAUCUUUCUUAUCGCGAGUUUAUCCCAUUCACCAACAGCCUGUGAACAGGCUCCGCUGGAAGGGUCUGUCCGCAGCUGAAAGGACCGAGAAGGAACUGGCGAAGACUGAAGUGGCCGAGGGGGAGUGGGGUGGAGGUCGGAGCCUUGUUGAUGUAAUCUCGGAUUGAACAGUUAGAGUGGUAUCAACCAAUCAGAGCCCUUUACGGAUCUCACGUGAAGUUCUCGGCUUGAAUCUUACUAGCGACGUUUGUUUUAGUCUUGUAUUAAACUCCAUGUAGUCAUGAUAAUGUAUGGGUUAUUGACCAAGCGUGAGGUCAAGAUGGCUGGAUAUCGGCCAAGUUACUUUCAGCCAUCUUGGCCGAACAAGCUUGGUCAAUAAAGGAUCUAUUACAUGGCUUUCAGCGAAAUGUUUCUUGCGGGACAGCGGGUAGUCCCGAGCGGGCAAGGUAGUGCCAACUUGCCAAUCACAGCGUACGAUUAUGUUCAUCUUGCCCGCUCACGGAGCUACCAUAUAGUAAAUUACAAAAUGAGCUUA